AUGUCCAACUACCUCUUCGAUGAAGCCGAACUAGAAAAUGUUCGUGGCAAGGUCAUCUUGGUCACUGGGGGUGCUACUGGCAUUGGUCAUGCCAUCGUCACGCUUGCCCACCAGCAUGGUGCAAAAGUGGCAUUCUGUGAUGUGAAUGAAGAAAGCGGGAGGAGCUUCCAGCGGGAGCUUGGCAGUGACGUCCUAUUCGAGAAAUGCGAUGUGUCAAACUGGAGCGAACUCCUCGGAUUUUUCCAGUUCACAUACACCAAAUUCGGUACCAUCGACUCGGUCAUCUCAAAUGCAGCCAUCAACAGGAUCGAAAAGCUCGAGGACCCAUCCGACACUCCAACAUCCGAGUUGCCAGCUCCAGACAUCUCGGCCCUCAAUGUGAACAUGAUUGGUACCUGGUAUGUUACGAAGGCUGCCAUUCACUUCUUCGGCAAGACUCCCGAGACCAAGUCUCAGCUUGUGCUGUUCGGAUCGGUGGCAAGCUACUUUGACACACCGCCGCUGUACACCUACUGCGCCAGUAAAGCCGGAGUUCUUGGCCUUAUGCGGGCUCUCCGGACUCAAGUUCCAAAGCAGAAUAUUACUGUAAACAUGAUUGCACCAUGGAUGACAGUGACCGCCAUGGUAACCGACCACGUCAGGAAGGUCUGGGGAGAGCUACCAGCCAACUCGCCACUUGAUGUUGCCAAGGCCAGCUUGUUGCCCAUUGUACGCCCGAAAGUGAAUGGCAAAAGCUUUCUUAUAAAUGGCGGCAACAUUACGGAAGUUGAAGAUAAGCUGGAUGAGACGCAGCAUGUGUGGUUGGGUUCGGAACUCGACAACAACAUGAGAGAGGGCCAACGUAGACUUAUUCCAUAA